AUGGUUCCAGAUCUCUCCCAAGCCUUACUAGCUCUGGCCGUGCUCGGCCAGGCCAGUGCCGCACCCUCGCACCCACGCUCGUCCGCGACAUGCGGCACGGUGCAGUUUGAUUUUCCUGCUGGAACAAACAAGAAUGAUCCUCGGGCUCAAGCCGUGAAAGAGGCCUAUGUGCGCGAGUGGAACGAGUAUUCGAAAUAUGCUUUCCCUAAUGAUGACCUCUUGCCCAUCACGCAAAGCUAUACCAAUGAUUUGUUUGGUUGGGGUGCUACCGUCGUGGAUGCUAUCGAUACAGCCGUUGUGAUGGGUCUAACCGACAUUGUGGAGCAGCAAUUGAAGCAUAUUGCUUCUGUAGAUUUUACGAAAUCCGCUUAUCUCGUCGACUUUUUCGAUGUGAAUAUUCGCUAUCUUGGCGGACUUCUGAGUGCAUACGACCUCAUCAAGAGCGGUGAUUUUCCGAAUCCGUAUGAUGAGGAUCUUGUCGAAGCGCUCUUGUCUCAGGCCAAGUCUCUGGCUACGGCUAUUAGCCCUGUUUUCGACACGAUCACCGGUCUGCCCGUUGCAAAUCUGAACUUCACUUCCGGGGAGCUUGUGCAAAGCACAACUACGGUGAAUGGUACGCAGUACAACAGUACCAAUACGGCCCAGGCGGGUACUAUGAUCUUGGAAUACUACCGUCUUUCAGAUCUCACUGGCGAUGAGUCUUUUCGUGAGCAUGCCCAGAAAGCUCAAAAUUAUCUCGUCAACCCCAACCCUGCCCCGGCCUUCCCUGGCCUUGUGGGUACGGAGUUAGACACCGACACUGGCAAAUUCAUCACUCUUGAUGGUGGAUGGCAAGCGGGUGUCGACAGUUUUAUCGAGUACCUUAUCAAAACCUACGUCUACGACCGUGACGAUUCGCUCGCUUCCGAUAUGAAAGACUUUUGGAUCACCACUGCCGAAUCCAGCAUAAAGAAUAUUGCUCUGCACCCUUAUAACCAGCCACAUAUCACCUUCCUGUCUCAACUGGAUGUAAACGGUAACAUUAUGUGGAGCAUGGAUGAUUACGCCUGCUUUGCUGGCGGUAACCUACUGCUCGGAGGUAAAUACCUCGACCGUCCCGACAUCACUGAUCUUGGCGUGAAGGUAGCCGACAGCUGCCACUUGUGGUACAAUCAGACUCUUACGGGACUGGGACCUUCCUCGAUCGGAUGGUACAAUGCUAGCAAUCAACCCUACGACUCAUCAUACAACGACGCCACAUACCGCACGGAAGCCUCCAAGUAUGGGUACUUCAUUGAAGACCCCUCUUACCGCUCUUAUCCUGAGCCCCUGGAGAGCAUCUUCUACGCAUACCGCGUGACUGGUGAUGAGCGCUGGCAGGAUUAUAACUGGGAGAUCUUCAAUGCGCUGAAUACCACUCGCUCGAAGUCUGUGCCUUAUGCGGAGAUUACCGAUGUCAAUGAACCCUAUGGCGGUACGCUGGUUAACUAUGUGUCCAGCUUUUACUUCGCCGAGGUCUUGAAGUAUCUUUACCUCUCUUUCGCUGAGCCGGAUGUUGUAAGCUUGGAUAAGUAUGUGUUCAACACAGAGUGUCACCCCUUUAGUAUCAAGAAGACUUGUUAA